AUUAAAAACAAUAACAUAACCUCAAACGUAAAUAAUAAAGUAACGCUUAGAAAUAUAUUCCUAUUUCCUACUUAUGUUUUAGGAGUUAAAACGAGUGAAUUAAUUCAAAAAUGAGCCAAUUAAAAGUAAUUCUACAGUUUAGUGGCGGCGCUGAGUUACUCUUCGACAAAAUAAAGAAAAGAGAGGUUGAAUUGCCAGUCUUGGAGAAGUACUUACCCCAAAUUAACAAAAGCGAAUGGAGCAUUAGAGAACUGCUUGUGUGGAUGAAAGAUAACUUGUUAAAAGAGAGGCCGGAGUUAUUUUUACAGGGAGACUCGGUUAGGCCCGGAAUAUUGGUUUUAAUCAAUGACUCAGAUUGGGAGCUCUAUGGAGAAUUGGACUAUAAAAUUCAGAACGGCGAUGCAAUUAUGUUCAUAUCCACUUUGCAUGGUGGAUAAUAAUAUUAACAAUAAAUAUGUUAUUAUAAAUCAACUUAAAUGAAUAUCUAAAUUAAUUUUUUUUUAUAUUUCAC